GUGACAUGCUACUUAAUAACAUGUGUGAAACCUUCAAUGGCAAGAUACUGGAAGGGAGGGACAAGCCUAUCAUUGCUGCUUUGGAGUAUAUCAGGGAGUACCUAAUGAGGAGGAUUGUGACAGUGUUGAGGGUUAUAGAAAGGACUGAAGGUCUUAUUACACCUUGGGCACAAAAACAACUUCAGACAAUUAAGAAAGAUGCAGCCUUUUAUCACGUGCAGUGGAAUGGAGGGGAUCUGUAUGGGGUGAGUGGUAAACCUGGACACACAAGGGUAGUGGACUUGGCCAAAAAGACUUGUGCUUGUAGAGGCUGGGAAAUCACAGGCAUGCCCUGCAGACAUGCAGUGGCUGCAAUAUGGUUCAUGGUUACUAAUGGUCAAAGAGUUGGUGCUUUGGAAAGCUGGUUUGAUCCAGUCUACUCAAUAGGCAGGUGGAAAGAGGUGUAUGCUUUCAAGAUAAACCCUAUAAAUGGCAAAGCUCUAUGGCCGAAGAGUGAAGUUCCUAUCAAGAUAACACCACCAAAACAUCACAAACAAGUGGGUAGGCCAAAGAAGGUUAGGAAAAGGUCAGCCGUGGAGAUGGAGGAUGAAGGCUCAAGCAAGAAGAAGGGCAGGUUAUCAAAGAAGAAUAUGAAGGGUGUAUGUGGAAAAUGUGGGAACACCGGACACAAUCAAAGGACUUGCAAGGGGCAAGGUGAAAAAUGGAAGGACUAGAUCUGU